GCGCCAUCUUGUCUUGUUCGAGAAGAAGUGGAAGGAGUGAAGGGGGUGGAGAAGACGCUGUAGCGACCGCAUCUGCGGCGGUGUCCCGGAGCCAGAGUGGAAUGAAAAUAAACUUGCUGCAAUGAUCCUUAGCUGCAUCUGUGAAGCAGCCUGAGUUUUAACGAGAAGGCAAACACUUAAGAUAGAAAAUAUAAUUUAUAAAGAAGCAAAAAUGUGGGAUCAAGGAGGACAGCCUUGGCAACAAUGGCCUUUGAAUCAACAGCAGUGGAUGCAGUCAUUCCAGCACCAGCAGGAUCCAAGUCAGAUCGAUUGGGCUGCAUUAGCUCAAGCAUGGAUUGCCCAGCGAGAAGCCUCAGGACAGCAAAGUGUGGUGGAACAGCCUCCAGGAAUAAUGCCAAAUGGACAAGAUAUAUCAGGAAUAGAAUCUGGUCCAAACAACCAUGGGAAUUUUCAAGGGGAUACAAAUUUUAACCGAAUGUGGCAACCAGAAUGGGGAAUGCAUCACCAACCCCCACACCCCCCUCCAGAUCAGCCAUGGAUGCCACCAACACCAGGCCCAAUGGACAUUGUUCCUCCUUCUGAAGACAGCAACAGUCAGGACAGUGGGGAAUUUGCCCCUGACAACAGGCAUAUAUUUAACCAGAACAAUCACAACUUUGGUGGACCACCCGAUAAUUUUGCAGUGGGGCCAGUGAACCAGUUUGACUAUCAGCAUGGGGCUGCUUUUGGUCCACCACAAGGUGGAUUUCAUCCUCCUUAUUGGCAACCAGGACCACCAGGACCUCCAGCACCUCCCCAGAGUCGAAGAGAGAGGCCAUCAUUCAGGGAUCGCCAGCGUUCACCCAUAGCAUUACCUGUGAAGCAGGAACCUCCACAAAUUGAUGCAGUAAAACGCAGAACUCUUCCAGCCUGGAUUCGCGAAGGUCUUGAAAAGAUGGAACGUGAAAAACAAAAGAAGUUGGAAAAAGAGAGAAUGGAACAGCAACGUUCGCAAUUAUCCAAAAAAGAAAAAAAGUCAACUGAAGAAACGGAAGGAGGGGAUGGCCCUCGUUUGCCUCAGAGAAGCAAAUUUGAUAGUGAUGAGGAUGAUGAUGAUGUUGAAAAUGUUGAGGCAGCAAGCAGUGGAAAAAUUACUAGAAGCCCAUCUCCAGUUCCUCAAGAAGAGCAAAGUGAACCAGAGAUGACAGAAGAAGAGAAAGAAUAUCAAAUGAUGUUGUUGACAAAAAUGCUGUUGACAGAAAUUCUCUUAGAUGUCACGGAUGAAGAAAUUUAUUAUGUGGCCAAAGAUGCACACCGGAAAGCAACAAAAGCUCCUGCAAAACAGCUGGCACAGUCCAGUGCACUGGCUUCCCUCACUGGACUUGGUGGACUGGGUGGUUAUGGAUCAGGAGACAGUGAAGAGGAGAGGAGUGACAGAGGCUCUGAGUCAUCUGAUACUGAUGAUGAGGAAUUACGACACCGAAUCAGGCAAAAACAGGAAGCAUUUUGGAGAAAAGAGAGAGAACAGCAACUGUUACAUGAUAAACAGGUGGAAGAAGAAAAGCAACAAAAUGAAAGGGUUACAAAAGAAAUGAAUGAAUUCAUCCAUAAAGAACAGAACAGCAGUUUAUCACUCCUAGAAGCAAGAGAAGCAGAUGGUGAUAUGGUUAAUGAAAAGAAAAGGACGCCAAACGAAACCACGCCAAAUUUAGAACCAAAAAAAGAACAUAAAGAAAAAGAGAGAUUAGGAAGGAGUCAGUCAGGAAGUUCUAGUAGUGGUAGUACUAGCAGCAAUAGCAGAAGCAGCAGUAGCAGCAGCAGUGUAUCUAGUUCAUCGUACAGUUCUAGCUCAGGUAGUAGCCGCAGUUCUUCACGUUCAUCUUCUCCUAAAAGGAAGAAGAGACAUAGUCAUAGCAGAUCUCCACUGCAUAAACCUAGGCGUAGCAGAAGUAGAAGUUACUCUCGUAGAAUUAAAGGAGAGAGUAAUAGAGUUAGGGAAAAGGUAAGAGAUAGGAGGAGAUCUAGUAGAAAUAGUAUAGAGAGAGACAGAAGAAGAAAUAGGACUCCUUCCCGAGAGAGACGUAGAACUAGAAGUCGCUCAAGAGACAGGCGAGCCAAUCGUGCUACUCGCAGCAGAAGUCGAGAGAGACGUAAAACUGAUGACCAGCGUGGAAAUCUUAGUGGGAGCAGUCAUAAGCAUAAAGGUGAUGGUAAAGAUCAAGAACGAAAAAAAGAGCGGAGUAGAAGUUUAGAUAAAGAUAGGAAAAAGAAAGAAAAAGAAAGGGAGAGAGAACAGGAUAGAAGAAAAGAGAAGCAAAAAAGGGAAGAAAAAGACAGUAAGUCCAGUAGCCAAGAUGACAGGUUAAAAAGAAAAAGAGAAAGUGAAAGAACAUUCUCUCGAAGUGAUUCAAUAUCUAUUAAAAUCUUACGACAGGAUUCUAGACAGGAGAGUAAGAAAAGUUCUACCAAAGAUAGUAAAAAACAUUCAGGCUCUGAUUCUAGUGCAAGGAGCAGUUCCGAAUCUCCGGGAAGUAGUAAAGAAAAGAAGGCUAAGAAGCCUAAACAUAGUCGAUCGCGAUCCAUGGAGAAAUCUCAAAGGUCUGGUAAGAAGGCAAGCCGCAAACACAAGUCUAAGUCCCGAUCAAGAUCACCAUCCCCUCCCCGUCGUAAGCGCUGAGGAAUGAUGUGGCAUGACUGCCAUGAUGUUGUUAAAAAAAUUCCAUGAGUUUUAAGGGCUUGUCUCAUUAUAGAGGCACAUUGUGGCUGUGUAGGUGAAAACAGAAUCUUUUUUUUUUUUUAAUCUGUAAAUAGGUGUAUUUUUUCCAAAUGCUGCUCCAAGUUACUUUAAUAGGAUUUCUUUGUAUUACUUUUUUUUUUCCAAAAUAGUGCUUAAUAAGAAUAUAAAAUAUACCAUUCUCUCUUUCAGCUGUAAUGUUCUUAAAAUUACUAUUGAAUGUACUGUGAUGUCAAUAAAGCUCUUUAGUUCAUUUUUGUUAA